UUGUAUUUUUUAUGAAUAAAUUUUCAGACUUAAAAGUGAAAUAAUUAUUUUAGUUAUAUCUGUAAUUGCGUAUUUUCUUUUAAUGAUUAUUUUUUAAUUGGUCUUUUUUGUUCGAAGUAAAUCGUUACUAAAUAAAAUUUGGCUUCAUUUGAUCCAUUUAGUAUGUCACGAAAUCAUUUUAAUGCAAGUUAAGUGUGUAGUGGGGCGUGGUUCAUGACAGGUGUUGUUGACUUUUUAACCUUAAUCAUUCCGGAAACGUGAUUCAUUCAGUGACUGACACUGAUUCAUGGUUUCUAGUUCCGAACUGGUGAAACACCACUGAAGAUGGCAUUCCAUUUACAACAGCAGAUUGCUAAUUUGGACCUGAAUAAUGUAGAUGUGCAAAAUGGAAUGCGCAAGGUUAGGCCAGCUGUGCCACCCAAACCCAAGAAACAACCGAUGGUUCCAAAGAGUUACUCAUUGAAAACACCAUGCGAGCCUUCAUACAGCACAUUGCUUCAGAGUUCACCCGCACCUCAAGUUCCUUCAAACAGUGAAACUAAGAAUGCCCUUUAUUCUAAUGUGACUCUUGCUGAAAAUUCAGCACCAAUGUACAGCAAUUUGCAGACACUGGAAAAUCCUACUAAAGGUCAAGCCCUCUACGGAAAUAUUUGCACUCAUGGAAGCAAUCAUAUAGACAACACUUACAGCAAUGUGGGUGUUUUUCCAGGAAACAGUACAGGUGUUGAUGAGCUACCACCGCCUCCACCAGAGCCGUCCGACUACAACCAGUGUGCAGCCCCCAACUUUCCUCCUCCGCCGGAUGAUCUACCGCCGCCGCCUUCUCCGGUCAGCUCCAGCUACUCAGAACUGCGACAAGCCACCUACCAUCCCCACUACCAGCCAGAUUAUGGGUCAUAUGGACCUUCUUCACAGAGCUCAACAUACGAAUCAAUUUAUGAGCCUAUCAACCCACGCCCUCCUAGUCAAAUGUCAUCUCGAUCUAACUACUCAUUAUACGCUCCUUAUGUUAGUGGAUCUCAGAGCAAAGAGAGUUCUACUGCAACUCCAACUCCGCCAGUGGGGAAAGAAGCAGAAGUGGAUGCUCUCACAGAUCUACUUGUUCAAUCUAUGGAUGGUUCAAGUGAUUCAGAUAUAUAUGGGAUCUGCACCUCAUGUGGUGAGAGAGUGGUUGGUGAGGGAUCUGGGUGCACUGCCAUGGAUCAAGUGUACCAUAUUUCAUGCUUUACAUGCCAGCAUUGUGCCAUACAGUUGCAGGGAAAGCCUUUUUAUGCUCUGGAUGGAAAGCCAUAUUGUGAAGAGGACUAUCUGAAUACCUUGGAAAAGUGUUCCGUUUGCAUGAAGCCUAUUCUGGACAGAAUUCUACGUGCGACAGGGAAGCCAUACCACCCACAGUGUUUUACGUGCAUAGUCUGUGGCAAAAGUCUCGAUGGUAUUCCUUUCACAGUAGAUGCAACAAACCAAAUACAUUGCAUCGAAGAUUUUCACAAGAAAUUUGCACCACGUUGCUGUGUCUGUAAACUACCCAUAAUGCCGGAACCAGGGCAAGAAGAGACCGUAAGGGUGGUAGCACUUGAUCGUAGUUUCCACAUAUCCUGUUACAAGUGUGAGGACUGUGGGCUCGUGCUGUCAUCAGAAGCAGAAGGUCGUGGGUGCUACCCACUUGAUGAUCAUGUCUUGUGUAAAAGUUGCAACGCCAAGAGAGUCCAAGCUCUGACAUCUCAUAUGACUACAGAACUAUGAGGCCAUUCAUAGUUAUUUUAGAAAAGAUCAGUUCGUUUUCAUCACACCCACUUACGUGAUAUGCUUUUGGGAAGCUUUACCAUGCAGUACUGUUCUUAGUUUUCAUCCCUACAGUUUUUAUUGCCUUUUUUGGGAAGCUUUGAAAAGUAGUUGACUACCAUAGUAAAACUCCAAAUGCCUUCCAUUAUUUUAUUAGUUGAUAUUAGGUUCCUAGUAAUUUUGUGUAUCAUUACAUCCUUGUACGGAAUGUUACAUUCCUUUAUGUUAGAAAAUUUUUUAUUAUAUAUUUAUUAUUACCCUCCUGUAAUUUUGUAAGAAAAUGGCUAAACCAAAGUUUUUUGUGAUAUGAAAUUAUAGUGGGAAAUACUAAUAAAUUUUGUGUUACAUUAGGAUAUUAUGAAUUAAUGGCUACUGGCACUUUUAUGUUACUAUGGUCUUUAGAAAAAUAAAACCUGGUAUAAUGAGAGUAUAAAUUAAUACAGAAAAUUAACGUGAUGAAAUGAGUACAGUGCAGACAUUUGUUUUUUAAUUAUUCUAUUUUAUGUCAACAUAUUUUACUAAACCAUCCCCUCCCUCCUUUUUAUUUUCUCAAAAACACUUGGCGGUAAUACUAUGCUUGUCGAGCUACAAUGUAAGAAAGUGAAUGUUGAAGGGAAAAAAACGUUCCUGGUAAUAAUCAUGUAAACACUUAAAUUUUUUAAUACCGUAAUGUUUAUGUAAAAUAUUUGCAUAAAAGGUAGUUUGGCAUAACGUUAUUUUCAUUGUUAAUAAAAAACACACUGACGUUAGUGACUCCAGUUAUUGUUAAAGUUAAUGCGCCAGACUUAUUUAUGUCUGUCGAUCAGCUAAGGCUUAUUUCAGUUAAUUUUCUCUUCUGUAAUUUAUUUCUACUGGGGCACUUAGUAAAUGUAGAAACAUUUUGAUACAAUUUUUUGUUUACAAUCUGUGCCAAAGCCGUUGUUGCUUGAUCACAAUUUCCAACAUUGUGUUGGUAAAUUUCUGGUAAAAUAUAUUCACAUUGCACAUAGGCAUUUUGCAAUACUUGUAAACGAAGGCUAGUGAAAGAAAUAAACAACUCUGUUAUUUGACCUAAAUAACUGUGUGAAAGAAAUGUAAGAGUAGUUUAAGAUAGAAGAUUGAUGAUCUCACAGUUGUUCAGUGUCCUGUAGUGAACUCUUUCUAUGUGGAAGGAUUGGCCUUUUGUCAUAUAGGUAGGAGAAAGUUGUAAAUUUGGAGUCUGUCACGGUGUGUAGCAGUGCAAUUCACCUAGCAGUUAUGAAAAUACCACUGCAUUCCAGUUGUACAAACGUUUAUAAGUUAAAUAAUAGAUUUUACACAUUUCAUACAUGCUGCUCAUAGAGAACUUAGUUCUGAUUUUAAAAUUGUGAAAUUGACCGCUUGGCUGUUAAUUAUGUUAAGUUUAGAUGCUAGGAAGGCAAUUAUGGUACUUAAAGACUGUUAUGUGUUUUUAAUUCACAGAAUAAAAGAAAACACAUUUCUGCACAGAUACACAGUUGCAAGAUUCACUGGAUUAACAACUUCAUUAGGUAUUGGGAGUUGAUCGCACAAUGGUUUAUUAUUAGCUUUUUCUUUUAUUUCCAGUGAACUUGGCUGCUAUUAGUGGACAAGGAUUUGUGGAGUGACAAAUGAGGUGGAUCUAUCGGUGGCAGAACAGAUAAUUUGGCAGAUGUGAAGUGAAAGAAUAUAUAUUGUGAUUUAUUUUACUACUCAGUUCAAGGAACUGUGUGGAUUUAGCAUUAAAAGAUUGUUAAUUUUUAACGUCAUAGUUUUGUUCUGAGCAAUUUUGUGGUUGGCUCAUGUAAGAAAUUGUCUUUCAUCCAUUCACAAAAAUGUGAUGUCUUGGCCAGCUUUUUGUGUUUUAUAAUAUAUUCGUUGGAAUAAAUAAAGUUUUUCAACCAUAAAGAUUUAUAUCAUCAACAUUGUUUCAGCUUGUUUUUAAUGCAGCCUAUAUGUAGGGGCCGGAAAAAUUAGCAACUUGCUAUAGAUGCCAUUUUUUGCUAAUUUACACUUAAGAGCUAUUUUUUUUUACUAAUUUUCAACUUAAAUAUGUACUAUUUUUUUAUAAAUAAAUGCUUUUUUCAGCCAAAUUAGUUUAAAAUAUCAUUCACUUGUAAAAAUAUCCUUUAUAAAAUGUGACAUUACUGAUACAUAUGUUUUGAUAGUUUUGAAAAUCGUUGUACGAAACGUAUUUUCUUACAUUUGCGUUUUUAAUCUAAAAAGGCAUGAAAAAAUUUUGUUUUUGUGCAAAACUGAACUAAAGGGUUACUUUUAGGCAUUUAUGUAUUUAUGAAUAUUUAGUUUAUACCAUUUGGAUUUAAAUAUUAAGUUUAAAGUUAGUUUAAUUUAAAAUGAUAAUUUCACAAUAAAAUAUUCUUAUUUAUAAAAUAAUAGAGAUGCUAAUUUUGGAAAAAUAAAUGCUAAUAUUUCCAGUCCAUACCUAUAAAUCAUGUGCCAUAUUGUUUUAAUGAUGCAAAAGAUAUGUGGAAGCCUCUUUUUUAUACAUAAAUACAUACACAUAUAUAUAAAUUCUUCAGAUGUUUAUGUUCACCACCAAAUGUCACUAACAAUUUUGUUUCAAUAUACAUAUUUCACAUUUACUGAAUUUCACAUUUACUGUGUUUUAAAGCAUAACUCUUUAUAUAAAAAUUUAAUUUGUUUUGAUAUAGACUGAUUUAACUUUUGUGUAUAAUUAUAGUUCUAUAGCUAUGGUUUAUAUUUAAUUAAUUUUUAAAACCUAUACUAUGGAAAAACAUAUUAGAAACAGUUUUAUUUUAAUAUUUUUAAUUUGUGCGAGGAAAAGCAUAGGGAAUAUGAAAAUGGAAAAUGUCAGAGGUUGUGUAACUAUACAUUUAUGAUAACUGUUUUGUAGAUAAAAGUAGUUAUGUACUGUUUUCAUGUUCAAAAAUUGUUCUAUGCUGAUAUUAUAGAAUUUUUAGAAACGGUGUGUGGGAAGUUAAAAAUUUGUUUUAUCUAUAAAUGUAUUACAUCUUAUAUGUUACUCAUUAGAAAAUAAGGCAUAUUUUUAGUAUAUGGAAUAUAAUAAAAUUUUGUUAAAACCCUCAAAUAUUAACUAACACUAAAACUUGUGAAGGAGACAUGGUUAUAUAAAGUAUAAUAAUUUUGGUUACAAAAUUUCAGUUUUUUAAAAAAAGUUUGUAUAAUAAGACUGCUGUUAACUAAAACUGCUUUAUAUUCAAGAAACAAUUUUCUGGUGUUAAAAUUUGUAAAUUCAUUAAUUUGCACUUAUUGGAACUAGACUUCAUGCAUGUCUCUCUUCUGGAAAAAACAUGAUUUUACUUACAUAGAUCAUGAUUUCAUUUAAGUUUAUUGUAUUCUGACUGGCAUUUAAAUAUUAGUUUUUGAACAUUAAGUAAUAUGUUUUAUCUACAGAAUCCUUGAUAUCUUUAGAUGAUAAGUCACUACAUUCACAUAGCAAGAAAUUGAACCAAUUUUUGUGGAGAGUUAAACAAUGGUAUGACUAAGAAUUCAAACUAAUUCAUAAGUUUAUGUAGUCUUCAUUGUGUAUUUGAGGAUUCAGUUUAUAUUAUUUACAAUGCCAUAAAGUUGCCAUUUAGACAUCUGUAAAGAAUAGGGAAUCAAUUUUUUAACCAGUAAUUGUGUCAUAAAUAAUUAUUUGGCCAUGUGAUUUAUAUUAAAUUGAAUUACAGGUCAUUAAGUAUGUUAUAAAGUGUUCUUUCGAGAUGGAUAUUCUGCUGCCAUUUUUUAAUUGAUUAAUCACUGUUAAACCUAUUCACUAAAUUUUUUGUUUUAUUUCAGCCUGUAAUAAUUCUAAGCAUUUAAGUGUACUUAAAAAAAUGCAACGAAUAACUCCUAUUUUAUGUGUUUUUUUAUAAUGUGUCCUUUGGUAACACCUAUUUUUUCAUCUUGCACUUUUAGUUUUUUUCCUGUAAGCAUCUCUAGUAUUUCAUGUUAGAUUUUGUGCUCAGCAAUGUAAAAAGCAAAUACAAAGCUAGACAUUGAAAAAUUGAACAUAAAGGAAACUCUUUCCAAGUACUUUACAAAGAGGAAAUUUUUUAUGUGUUGACUUAACAGCAUAGUAUCAAGCAUGAUGAAAUAUUUACAGUGACCAGCAAUAUGUAAUUCAUGUUUAGUGUGUUUCUUAGUAAAUACUCCCUUGAAAAAACAUUAUUACAGUAUUGGUUUUGACAUCAUGCUAUUGACCCUCAGAAUGUCACAAAUGUAUAAGCACGCAUGUUUUUAUCAAAGUUGAUUUUACCCUCUGUGUAAAUAUCCUACCAACAUAUGGUAAUGCACAAAUGCAAUAUAAAAAAAACAUGAACCAUGGUAGUAUGUUGGUACUUAAUAGAGGAUGGGCUGUUAUGAAGUUUACUUGGAGACAGUUUGGUUUGGCUACAAAGCCAGUAAGCAGUCACUGUCAGUAGUCAGCUACACAUGCAUGCAUCGAUAGAACCAACCCACAUAUGCCACAUUGCAUGAAAUUCAGACAGUAAAAAAGUUUUUGCAAUAUAAGUUCUAAAGUGGCAACUUUGCAAUUCAUUUGGAAACUAUAAAAUAAGUCUGGAAAUCUUUGCUAUAGGGCACAAAUUAGCAAAUGAUAUGGGAAAUCUCUAUAUCCAAUUAAGAGAUAAUCUGAUUACAAAAUCUUGUAGUGUCUCUUAUUGUUUUAUUCAAUAGAGAAUAUAGAAGGAAUGUCAGGUGAUAAACCACAAUGGCUGUGAAGAAAAAAAAAAUAACACUAUGAGCCUAAUGUUGGGUAAAAACUAAAUAAUUCUGUAUGAAAAUUUUAUUGAUAAAAUUUAUAAUCAGCUUCAAAGCACUGCAAAAACACCUAACCGAACUUACAUGAAAGCAGAAUACAAAUGUUAAAAUCUUUUAUUGCAAAAAAUAUAACAAUAUUGAAAAUGAAUACCAAAUUUACAUUACAAAACAUUUUUAAAAAUAUGCCUUGCUUUAUGAUUUGAAAUAUAUCUUUAAAUAAGAGACUGAUAUGCACAAACUAUUCUACACAGUGAUUGUUAGCAUAAUAGCUACAUGGCAAGGGUGUGUUUUUGAAGCCCAUCUGCAGUAUAACUCGUUCCUUUUUAGAGGUUGGUUGCAAGUUUCAAAAUUUUAAACUUAUGCAAUUAUGGGAUUCUGCCACCUGAAGUGUUUGCGUGAAUAAUUAUGUGCACAUAAUUAAAACAAUUUUCAUAAAAUACAGAAUUUGUAAAUAUGUAAACAGUGUAAUGUGCAGAAUGUAGAAGAAAUCAUGUUUUAGUGUGGGGUAACAUUGUAAUAAUCUCCCACAAUUUACAUUUUCCUAGUUUAUUUUAUGAAUAUAAUGAUAACAUGAUAAGAAAUUAUUACUUGAAUACUUCCUUAGAUCCCUUUAAAGCAAUGGGGGGCCAUAUGUUGAAAUAAGUUUGAUUUUGUUUCUAUACUUUUAGAUUUAAAAAUUUAAAUCAUUAUUUUUUUUACCUUUGUUUUAGGUUAUCAGGGUGGCCACUCACCGGGAAAACCGGGAAAACCGGGAUUUAUCAGGGAAAUCAUGUUGAUCGGGAAUUAUCAGGGAAAUUUCAGGGAAUUUUUUUAAUAACCGGGAAUUUUUUGUGUCAUGUAUAUUUCCCUGCCAACCAUUACGGAUUUUCCGUAAUUAUUACGGAUUUAACACAAUAUUACGGAAUUACGGAACAUCGCUGGUUUAUUACGGAAACGAGGCUUUUUGCUGCUGGGUAACGGAAAAAAAAUUCCGUUUCUGGUGUGCGUGUUUCGUGAACGCAGUUCGAAUACAUCAGGUGGUUGCGCAGAUAACGGAACUGAUAAAUGUGCGCAUGUACUGUCGAAAUAAGUAGAUUAAUUGUUGUGGUUUGUAAUAGAAAUGGUACGGUAUUACGUCCGUUGUACGAUACAACUAGUACAUAUUCUCGGACUUUUCGUCUGUUAGCUACUUACAUCACGAUAAUUUUUGUACGGUACUUUGGCUAACCUGUCUUGUGUUAUUUACUUUCUUGAAAGCCUUUUUUUUCAUCAAAGUGUUUUUGUCGUGUGUACAGACGAGAAACCUUUUUAUGUUGUUCGAUAGUGUUGUGUUCUUCAGUGCCGGUUGUAGAAAUGAAGCGUGUGACAGAACAAUGUGUAUCUGGGUCAAAAAAAAAAAGAACGUUAUUCUUCAGAACUUUCGACCAAACUAUAUAAAAUAAUGGCCAUGCUUGUCAUCUUCAAAUGUUUUUGAACGCCACGCUUUUUGUAAUGUAUGCACGUGUGACUUUUCGAUUGCGCAUGGUGGAAGGGAUGACUGAGGACGGCAUAUUGAAUCAAAGAAACAUGCAGAACAUUUUAAAGCCGUGACGAGCAAUAAAUCUAUAUCGUCGUUUUUCGCUACAUCUGAAGAAACGAAAGUAACAAACGCAGAGUUAUUGUUUACAAGUUUUUUGGUAGAACACAAUUUACCGAUAGCAGUAGCCGAUCAUUCGGAUAAUUUGUAUAGAGCUAUGUUUCCGGACUCAAAAAUUGCACAGAAAUACAGCUGUGCGAGAGCAAAAACAUCUGAUUUAGUGGAGUAUAUGGCUGGUGAAACUAAAUUGAAACUGUUGAAUCUUUAGUAAGUGGACCAUUUGCUUUAGCUACAGAUGGGAGUACUGAUUGUAAUGCAGUGAAGAUUCAUCAAUUAGUUGUUUCACAACUAGAAAUGUUACACUUCAAAAAUGAAUUAAAGAACAGUUAUCAAAAGUUGUGUGAAAAAAUGUUUGAGCACUCGCCACUGAAAUACCCCAUUACAUAAAACAAAACACAGACUGCAUGUCAUUGAACGGGACGCUAUAAUGUAAAGUGACAUAUUUAAAAUGUAUUUGUUAUUUAACGAACUUCCGUAUGUAUAUAAUGAAGAAAAUACAGCAGGGUGCUAAGAUAUGAGUAAUCUCUUUCUAUAAUAUAUUUUUCAUCAAAAGUAUGUUUUUUUUUGUAAUUGUAAAUAUCAGGGAAAUUUUGAAUUUUUAAUCAGGGAAAUCAGGGAAAAAUCAGGGAAUAUUUUUGGUGACUGUGAGUGGCCACCAUGGUUAUGCAAUCACUUUUUUGUCACAAAAUUUGGCAGGGAUAUUAAUCUUGUCAUGUUAUUUGAAUUAUUUCUAGUGAUAUGUUUUUGUGGUUUUGUAGUAAUUGUUUGUACCAACAUUGAUUUUAAAUGUAUAAUUCUUUAUUAUUUACUUUAAUAUAUUAACUUUACAAUAUUGUAGAAAAUAUGUGUAUGUGAUUUGUAAUGUAUACGUAAAAAAAUGUGAUUGUUAAAUGUUUUUAUAUAUGCUUUAUAGGCUAGUUAUGCAGUAAAUGGUCUUGAGAAUAUGAAGAUAUAUCUGAAUUAUUUACUUAUAGAUUUUGUGUAAUGAAAUGGGCAUAUGUUUGGAUUUGAAUAUAAAAAAUUAAUUGUUAA